GAACGGCCAGAAAGAGUCCGACGACUGUAGUCUGCAGUGGGUCAGUUGCAGCAGGCUACCUGUGCACAAUUCUGCCGUUUGCAAGACUGUUGGAAAUCCUAUAAACUGACUACGCCACGGAUGAAACUCGAAAUGCUUUUUCAGGCAUGGAUCCUACAACAGUUGCAGUAUUGAAAGCUGCUAAUAUUAGCACAGAAUUGCUUCCCAGUCUGUCUAAGGAGGACUUGCGUGACCUCUUUCCGGGGCCUGAGCACUUUUUCCGAAGGAAAGCCAUUUGGAGGACCACUCAUGGUGAAAAUGAGUGUGAAGAACUGGAGCAGCCUCACCUAGGCACCUCCUCUGGAACUUAUGAUGGUGCCACAAUUCCAACUACCCCAAACGCUUUGUCCACUCCUUCUUCCUUCCCUGCACCUGUCCCCUCUUCAAAGCCAGGAGACAGUGCCAGCAGAACUGUACAGCUUCAAAGUCCACAAUAUGUUGUAUACACAGACACAGAGCUGGAGCUGUCAAGAACCACCUUUUUUGAAAAACAGCGUGCUGGACAAGAAGAAGACUUCACACUCUCCAAAGAGCUUCGCUGUCGCAUAAUAAGGAACACAGUAACAAGCAUGAUCGCCAUAAAGAGAGCUGCAGGCGAUGACUUCCGAUAUCCAAGUAGCCGUGAGCUAACUGCGAUGGCUCAGCGUCUGAUUGUAUACUACCCAAUGCUGCGGGACAGGUCUGCAGCCAGUGGAGCUGAGUGGGAAUCUGUGAAGAAGCAGCUUUUGAGAAGGGUCCAAAAUGUGACAACCCCCAAAAAGAAGCAGGGAGCAACUCCUUCAAGAAAGAGGCGACUGGCCAUCAGCUUUGAGAGCAGCAGCCAUGGGUCACCCACUGAUGACAGCGGGUCCAAUGCUUCAACUUUGAGCUUGGAAACAUCACCGCAGUCUGGAGGCACUUCCCCGGAGGCUGAACAGGUGGAUGGGCCUGAAACUACUGACAGCCCACAGAACCAGGCCAGACACUACAAAGUUCUGCAGGAGCUAUACAAAUCCAAGCCCAGGCCCAACAAGAAGGAUGUUGCCCAGCUGUUGGACCUGGAAUACCAAGCAAGACGGGCUUACAUCGACUCUGAUGUUCUGAAGGAGCACGACAGACCUACCAAGAUUCUUCAAGCAUAUCCCUGCUUCAGAGAAGUGGAUCAUAUAAUGGAUGAACUGCAGCGGAUCCUCAAUCAAGGAAACCCCCACUUCAUACCUGAACUGAAGAACCGCUGGAAGACCUUUUGUGAGAAGAUCCAGUUUUAUGGCGUUUUCAAAAAAGUCAUGAGACCUCCACUGGCUGAUAAAGUAAAGCGAGGGGUUGCGAUGAUGAAAGCUUUGCCAGACGUCUUCCCAUCACCCAUUGCUCCACCCAAGAAGUUGGGGCAUGCAAGUGAGGGCAUUCUUCACAUCUUGAGUCUGUGGAAGACCCCAACGCUUUCCUGAACGCAAGACCGCUCUCCAGCCCUGUAGUGAUCGUCUGUGAGAGCAACUGCAUUCUGGCCAUCGGAACCAUGCCUGUGCUGAUCUUCCCAAAGGAGGACAUCUCAGUGUGAUGUACAUCAUGGCAUGCUGCUACACCUUUCACCUCACAUACCCCAAGUGCAUAACCACACUCCUCUCUGUGCUGCAGACAGAGGUCCUCAUGGAUGCCAUCCAUGACCAAGACAUGACUUCUUCAUAUAAAAAAGCUAUGGCUGAGUGGAGGAAGUUCAGAGGACUUUUUGCAGUGUAGGAGAAGUAAAGAAGGGGAAGUUCAUACGUCAGGUGGCAGAUGAAGAUGGACAGAAUGACUUUCAGCCCAUCAGGUCAUCCAUGAACAAAUGGAGACAGAUCUUACAUUAUAUGAGAUGGAACAUUUUAAAUUUUACUUCAACAUAAUUGAUGGCACAAUUUACCCCCAGCAUGUUUUCUGCAAAGGCUCAACUAAGUCCAAGUUUGUUCCCUUUGGAAAGCCAUAUUCCUCAUAUACAAUGACUACACCAGUGUUUCAGCAUUUUACAUGAACCCAAAUUUAUCCACUGUGUGCUUUCUUUACAGUAAAUAUGACAGCUAAAAGUUUAAAAAAUAACAACAUUACAUAUAUGCUGCUUUGUUUACAUUUGAACGAGGUAGUGCUGCAUUUAAAUCAGGGUGCAGACAGUUCUGCACAGUGUCUUCCAGAUUUCAACAAGACAACAGGACGACUUGAAACGAGCAGGACAUCGAGAUUAAUCUCAACUUUAACCUUUCAAGAAAACCCAAAGAAGCCAACAUUUUUGAGUCUUUUUUGACAAGAUAAAAAUGAACAAUCAAAGUUCAUCCUCAUCCUCAUCUUCCUCUGAGGAGAGUACUACAAGGCAUCCUUUCGAAGUCCCAGAAGACUACAAGUUGAUGCAAAACCUGGAACAUGGAAGCUGUGGAUUUGUGCCGGAACGUAUGACAAACAACACUGAAGAGCACGAGGCCAUAAAGGUGUCCGAACGGAACUGUCAAGACCAUGAGGUGAAAAUCCUGAAAAAACCCAUGAGCCACAACUCAAAGGAGAAGGACAGAACCCCCCCCAGUGAUAUCCUCGACCAUCCCUCUAUCACUAGAAGCGACCUCAGCAGCAACUCCCCCACCAGCAGUUGCGAUGAAUCUAGACCCUCCACCACCGUGUCCAUCAUGGUUAAGCCUGCAGAUCCAGAGAACAGAAUCAACCUGACAGGCUUGCCUGAUGAUGAAAGUGACCUGAAGAGCAGUAAGCUUGAGGACAGUGACACUGCUAAAGACACUGAGAACAACAAGGACAAUGAUGAAGACACUGAAGUCAAGAAGAAGGCGCAGAGAAAGACAAAGACAAAGAAGAAGAACUACUUCCAAUGCGCCUUCUCCUGGAUAAAGAAGAAGUGUUCAGGCUUCUGUGACAAGCUCAAAAAGAACAUUCAAAGUUCAUCCUCAUCUUCCUCUGAGGAGAGUACCACAAGCCAGCGUUCCGAAGUCUCAACAGGCUACACGUUCGUGAAAGAAAUCGGACAUGGAGGCUUUGCAUUAGUGGUGGAAUGUGUGAAGAACGACACCGAAGAGCACGUGGCUGUAAAGGUGCCCGAAUGGAGCAAUCUAGACCAUGAGGCGGAAAUCAUGAAAAAGCUCGUGAGCCACAACUCGAAGCAGUCAAACAUCAUCGACUACAAAGGAGACAUCUUCAUAAAAAAUAAGCGGCAACUGGUGUUUGAAAAAUUGGACAUCAGCCUGUGGGACUAUUUGCGGAAUUCACAACAGCCAAUGCCACUGGAACACGUCCGCACAAUUAUUGAGCAGCUGGCUGUAGCUCUGGAUACGACAAAGAGUGCUGGCAUAAUCCACGCUGAUCUGAAGGAAGACAACAUCAUGAUGGUGGAUCGUGUGAAGCAGCCCUUCAGAGUCAAACUCAUUGACUUUGGUGAGGCCGAGUACAGCUCCAAAACCAAAGCGGGAAAGCUCCUCCAAGUAGUUGCAUAUAGAGCUCCAGAAAUCAUCCUGGGCCUGCCGUAUUCUGAGGCCAUCGACAUUUGGUCAUUAGGCUGCGUGAUGGAGAGGAUGAUGACUUCAGAUGGUCUCUUCGGAACAGACUCCGAAUACUGGACACUCCUACGCAUGAUCGGUCUGUUGGGUGUCCCGCCACAACAUGUCAUCGAUGCUGGACGAAGAUCAGAAUUAUUUUUUCAGAAAAUGCCUGAUGGUUUGUGGCAGCUGAAGAGACCUACAGAGUGUUUUGGGACCCAUUUCGACGACGCAGUUUACCAGUUCAGCUCUCUGGAUGAAAUCGAAACGGUGUGCUCUGAGACGGACAACCUGGCAGAGGCUGAUGAGAGAAAGGAGUGCAUCGAGCUCCUGAAGGCGAUGCUUCAAUGGGACGAGAAAGACAGAAUCACCCCCAGUGGUAUCCUGAAGCAUCCCUUUAUCACGAGAAGCUACCUCAGCAGCAACUCCCCCACCAGCAGUUGCGAUGAACCGAGACCCUCCACCAGCCUGUCCAUCACGGUUAAGCCUGCAGAUCCAGAGAACAGAAUCAACCUGACAGGCUUGCCCGAUGAUGAAAGUGACCUGAAGAGCAGUAAGCUUGAGGACAGUGACACUGCUAAAGACACUGAGACCAGCAAAGACAGAAACAAUGAUGAAGACACUAAAGGCAAUGAGAAGGACCAGAGAAGGACAAAGACAAAGAAGAAGAACUGCUUCGAACGCAUCUUCUCCUGGAGAAAGAAGACGUUCUGCUGCUGCUGCUGUGUCCAAGUUUAAGGAUGUGAUACGUCUGAUGUGAUGAACUGAGCAGCACUAAUGGACUGGAUCCACAGUUCCUUUUUU